UUAACAGCAGUGCGCGACGAUUUGGUUCGCCAUACGUUAGAGCAAUGUGUAUAUCUAUAUGACACCUACGUGAAAUACGGAUCUGCUGGAAAUUUCGACGUAAAUUUUGUGAUGAAAGAGUUCCCAGCAGGCUGUUCAUUGGUGAAUAAACAUAGAACAACCGGACUCUUAAGCGCCAAGUGCCUGCUGAGAAAUUAGAUGACCUAGGGACCAGACUUGAACAUGCACCUAGAAUACCACUGAAACGUUUAUGUAAAUCUUUGUGUAAAGAUUUGAAAUGCCACCGGAUAGUCGAGCUUUUGCAAACGUCAGCGGUAAAGCGUUCCGCGUGAGAGCUGUGUUUUGCGAUGUGCUUCAUUUGCAGUGACCUUGUGUGUGUAGCUGUAGGAGCAGUCAUGAUCGUGGUGAUGGUUAUGAUGUUUUCUGAGAGAAGUAUGAUGAAGAAGUACGUCACGGAUCAGAGGCGGGUCAUGUGAAGCUAUACGGCGUACCUGAAGAGAGAAACCGGCUUUGAGUUCGCUGCUAGUUCAGAAUUGACCAGCGUAGAAGGUUGUGCUGUAUGUACGACACGGACGCUUUAUGUGCACACACGUGUUGUAUAGUUUUGUUACUGUGCGCUCAGAAGUUUGUGUUUAUGGUACUUCUUAAUUUUAUUAUUGCGCUGAGUUCUAGAAAAUAAAGCUUGUCUAGAUGAAAUACUAUCGUAAUAUAGAUCAGCGGUCCUUCAGCACGCGCUUACUGUUGAUGCAUUCAUGAAAAAGAAGACAUUUCUGUGCCUGAUUUCUUGAACAGGAAAAUUGCACUGAGUAUGUAAAUUGAACAGAAAGAAAAAAAAAAGGUGGGCACUGCGCUUGAAUGGAAUCAGCGUUAUGGUAUAGUUCGCCAUGGGGGAUCUAGAAAAGAAUGUGCAUAAAAAGCCAAUGGAAAAGAAAAAAGUAACAUUGGCUCAAGCUGUGAGUAUGGAUGUCACCAUGGAGGAUCUAGAAAAGAAUAUGCAUAAAAGGCCACUGGAAAAGAAAAAAGUAACAUUGGCUCGAGCUGUGAGCAUGGAUGCCCAGAGGAUACCUCUAACAGCUCUUCCAAAAUACAAGACAGUGUCACCCAGACUUCUGGGUAGGUGGAAGAGCUACAGGAGAGAUGUAUGUGUGGAAGAAGACGAGUGCCACGUCAUGAAGCGGGGGGAGUCUCCACCUGCAGAUGACAUAGUACUGUUCGAUAGCUUUGAGGAUAUUGGAAAUGAAGUAAUUAGCGUGAGAAUAUGCAGAAACACUGUAAGGCAAGGCCUUCUAGACCUCAUGAGAUCCAAUGCUAAUACAGUUAUUGCUCAUUGCCUGGAAGAUAUUGAGGCUGGAAAAGUGUCCAUUGAAGAUGUAGUGCCAUUAAUGAAGAAUAGUAGCAGAAUGGAAAGAAAUGUUACAUUCCUGUGGGCAGCUUUUGUUAAACGACUGGAUUUCCUUCAGUUUCUGUUUCCCAUGGGAGUUGACAUAAAUUUCAGUGAACCUAGUGAAGGGUUUACAGCGCUUCACCUUAGCGCUUUCACUGGUUCUGUUGACUGUUCAGAAUUUCUUAUCUCAAAUGGUGCUAAUAUUAAUUUGGCCCCCAAGUGGUUUACUCCACUCCACAGUGCAGCAUUUGGUAAUUCUUUUGAAGUUCUAAAGUUCCUCCUGAAGAAUGGUGCAAAGUUGGAAGUUACUGGAAAAACAAAAGGCAAUGAUGACUUCAUUUAUGGGACUGCUUUACACUCUGCAGUAAAAGCAAAUGCCAUUGAAUGUGUCACACUGCUGUUAGCAGAAUGUUCUGAUAUCAACUCAGUUGAGCCUGGAGGAGUUUCACCGCUGCAUUUGGCUGCUGAAUUGGGACAUAUACAUCCACUGAAGAUUCUGCUUGAUUUUGGAGUUGAUCCCCACUUGGUUACUCGUGAUAAGAAGAACACAGCAUUACAUCUUGCUGCAGAAGGGGGUUUCAGUGAAUGUAUCUCAUUAUUACUGUGUAAAGGUGCCAAUGCAGAUGCGAGAAACUACAAGGGGCAAACAGCAUUGCACUUGGCAGCUCGUGCUCAAUCAGUAGAGUGUGUUGAAAUGUUAUUGGAUACUGGAGCUUGUGAUUCAAAUGCUGUGGAUAAUGAUAUGCGGUCACCACUUCAUGCAGCGGUUGCAAAAUCUUUGCUGGCAUAUGAAAUUACUGAGCUGUUAUUAAUGUGGAAAGCUGAAGUGAACCAAAAAGACAAAUAUGGUUAUACACCACUUCACAUUGCUGCCCUGAAUGAGCAGUAUAAGUGUGUAGAGACACUGCUAUACCAUGGUGCAAAUGUCAGUGCCAAAACUAAGGGUGGCACUUCAGCACUCAGCAUUAUUAUCCGCAAAACUCCGGCAUCACUGGCCAUGUUGUACCAGAAAUUAGACUCUGCAAUAUCAUUAAGUGAUCCAGAAGCAUCUAAUAGGGAAGUAGAAGUUAAACUUGAUUUUCGAUUCCUACUACAGAAUUGUGACAAGGGAGAAAUAAGCUUUUUGAAGACGUUUGUAGAUGCAGGUCAAAAGGAUAUUCUUGAGCAUCCAUUGUGUGAAGCAUUUCUUUACCUGAAAUGGGAGAAAAUACGUAAAUACUAUGUUGCCAGGCUUCUGUUCUAUGGAAUCUUCGUUUUGUGUCUGUCUGCCUAUGUUCUGAUGGCUCUGGCACAUAACUGUUAUAACAGUGGCAGGGCUGCAAGUAAUGCCACCCUGAUAACAGACAGUGAGACACAGUUAUGUCUGGACAAGUCUGUGAUGGCAGAAUUUCUUAGAAGGAAUUAUUUAGUGACUGAAGUUACAUGGUAUGUCCUUGUAUUCUUCACUGUAUGUGAGUGCUUACGUAAGUUCAUUGGUUUUGCAGCAUAUUCGUCUUUGAAACAGUAUCUGUUACAGAUGGAGAAUGCUAUUGAAUGGUUUGUGAUUGUUAGUGUUUUUGUGAUAUCGUGCAUCUAUACAGGGAGAACAUACACCUGGCAGAAUCAUGUAGGAGCCUUUGCUGUUCUUCUGGGUUGGGUAAAUCUCAUGGUUAUGAUUGGACAGCUGCCUGUGUUGGGUUCUUAUGUGGCUAUGUACACCAGUGUGCAGAAAGAAUUUGCAAAACUCUUUGCAGCAUACCUCUGCCUCUUGAUUGGAUUCACAAUCUCAUUUUGUGUUAUUUUCCCCAUGUCAGAUGCCUUUAGAAAUCCACUUGUAGGGUUCAUGAAGGUCCUUGUUAUGAUGACUGGUGAAUUAGAAUUUGAAGAUAUGAUAUUAGGAAAAGAUGAAGAAAAGAAACCAGCAUUUCUUUUGGAGUUCAGUGGUCAUGUUGUGUUUGUUGUCUUUCUUUUGUUUGUUACUGUUAUAUUGAUGAACUUGCUUGUAGGAAUUGCUGUGCAUGAUAUCCAAGGGCUUCAGAAGACAGCAGGGCUCUUGAAACUAGUACGUCAGACAGAAAUGAUUUCAUAUAUAGAGUCUGCAUUAUUUGAUGGCUUCUUGCCACAGUAUGUAAUUAGAAUUCUUCAGUGGACAGCACUAGUGUCACCUUCUGCAUACAGGGUUGUAAUACAAGUGAAACCACUCAAUCCUCGAGAAAAAAGACUACCAAAAAAUGUUCUAAUGGCAGCUUAUGAAACAGCGAAACUGAGAAGACAAUUUGGUCAUACGGUGUCCUCUCGAGGAUCCCACAGUACAGUUUCUUCUAGCUUCACAACAUCUCGUGGGUCUUCAUUUCAUGUGGAUCAGAAGAAGAAUUUUCCGCAGACGUGUGAACUGUCAAAUAUUCAUUUGCUGUUCCAGAGAAUAGAGGAGGGAUCAAAGGCAAUAGCUAAAUUAACAGAUGAAGUACAAGAUCUUAGGGAAGCCACAAGGUCAAAUCUGACUUUGUUAAGUCAGAUGUUUGAUCUGUUGAACAAGAAAAAUAGUGACUGUUAAAACUUUAAGUACACUGAUAAACUGAAGUUAAUAUCCAUUGCUGCACUUAAUGUACAGAAAUAUAGGAUGUACAGGUUAUUGAAAUUAGCUGUCCUGAUGGUACUAGUAUAUGUUUCAUUAAACCAUUCUGUACUACAUGUGAGAUGACUAGUUUAGAAGCACUGGCCCUUGUAGUCUGAAAUUAUUUUGUGUUUCAGAAGAUGCUAAAUAAAUAUCCCUCUUUUCUAGAUAACUUAAGCUAUUUGUAGCUUUCUAGCAAUAGAAAUCAUGAACAUGGAGGUAUGGUAAAACAAAAAGCUUGUAUAACACUUCUGUUUUCUGAUACAUCCUGAUGGGCUAGUGAUUGGGCACAGAAGUAAGUAAUGUUCCAUGAUACUGUGUAGGGGACAGUGUAAAUUUCCACAUAUUCUUAACCUCAGCACAAAAUGAACAUAUUGUUCUUCAGCCACUGGUACUCCUGAAAAAUAUGACUUACGUAACAAUAAAAUAUAUAUCUGAGUGAUCCCUGGAGCAUUGUGAAUGCUGUGGUGAAGAGAUACUAGUAUAUGCCAUUUCAUAUUUAUGGCAUUGUGUGUUUUUGAAAGGUACUGGUGGAAUACAGUGUUUAUCAUGCAGUGACACAGAAGAGGCUGAUCUGUGGUAUUUGACAUUUAGCAGCUUAUAGUUGAUUAAUAUUAACCAUAUAUGAUGUACUGUCACAUUUGGUCCAACAGAUGUGUGUCAUUUAUUUAUUUUUAACUUUUUGUAUAUUGUUUGCUUAUUUUGUUUUAAAUAGUGAACAUGCUCAUUUAUUGCUCAUAUUUGAUUGAAUAUAUGUUGAUAUAGUUGAAGAGUAUUUUUUACCACUUUUCACUUGUUUAUACAUCUUAUUUGCUUUUUUUACGAUGUAACAGAAUAAAAAGUUACAAUUUCUCUAGACAAGAAUUAUUUAUUAUUUUUCAGAUAUGUCUCCUUAGUGUAUUAAAUGUUUACAGAAAUAUUUCUAUGGGCAUAUGCUAUUUUUCAUUGAGUAACAGGCUUUAAUAUGGUAGGAAAUGAAAAAUGAGAACCUGAAAUUGAAAAUAAGAAUUAAAUUGAGGUUUUCUUGCAUACGGGCAUUAUAUAGUCCAUUAUAAUGGAUGUAGGUUAUUCAGUUGGCACAGAAUUGGUUCCACUGGCUGGGUGUAGUAAGCAUAAUGAUGAACCUCCUAUCGAACUAGUGUAUUUUAUGGAGCAGUAUCCUCCUUGAAUAGCUCAGUCACUCAGUUUAUGAAGAAAUUUUGCACUCUUCAUGGAACCUGAAGA